AAACUUCUGUACCUAAGAACAAAAUCUAGCUAUCAUAAACCUUUUAUACGUAUCAUGGAUCACGAUAACAUGCAUAACAUGCCACCACCAUCACCAUCAUCAUCAUCUAUGUCGAAUCAUACAAAACCACAUAUGAUGAUGAUGCACAUGACCUUCUUCUGGGGCAAGAACACGGAGGUUCUCUUCUCCGGCUGGCCCGGGACUAGCUCCAGCAUGUACGUGUUAUGUCUCGUCGUUGUCUUCUUUCUCGCCGUGAUUGUCGAGUGGCUCGCUCAUUCUCGCUUCCUCCGUGCUGAUGGCUCCACCAGCCGCGCCGCUGGGGUGGCUCAGACCGUCGUGUAUACGCUCAAGACUGGUCUCUCGUAUUUGGUAAUGCUCGCUGUUAUGUCUUUUAACGCAGGCGUUUUCAUCGCCGCUAUAGCUGGAUACGCCGUGGGUUUCUUUUUCUUCGGAAGCACUGCUUUUAAGAAGACAAGUUCCGAUGAACGGAAAACAGUCGGGCUUCUCCCGUCGUCGGGAUGCGUUUGAUGAACAAAUUUGUGUUCUUUUCUUUUCUUAUAAAGAACUUAAAAAAAAAAAAAAAAUGUUUCCUUUGUAUGUUCAUGGUUGGCUUUAAAUUGUAGUACGUAAUUCAUUUUGGUUUAAGUCGAAUUUAUGUUCUUAGGUUACAAAAAGAUUCACAAAAUUGAAUCCACAAUUUCAUGAAUGUGUUAAGUUUUUAAAAUUAUUAUGAACCACGUAAAAUUCCAAAGCCAAUUUUAAGGAA